UUUCUCUCUCUCUUCCAGUAAUGAGUUGUGAAGCAGCUACACAGACAGAGUUAGGCCCUGGAUCGGCUCCUGCUCCAGGCUCAGUGAUUGUAACAGAGCAUGGGACGGUUACACUCCGACAGGGCCGUGGCAAACGGAAGCCUCGUCCCAACUCCAUGGUGGAUUACCAGAGCUAUAGAGACACAAAACUGCUGGUGGCCCGUUUUCUGGAGCAGUCCUCCAGCAGCUUGACCCCUGAGGUACAGGAGCUGGUCCACAGCAUCAAAACAGUGCUGCGCUCCGAUGAGGAACACAUGGAGGAGGCUGUUCUCUGCGCCAGCUUCAUCGACCAGGCCACGGUUUCAGAGGUUGCACCAGCGCAGAUGGAGCCCACCUCCCACACGCUGCCGCUGCGCAAACGUCCGGCCACCCUUCACCUCCGCAGCUGUGGUGAUCUCAGCUCCUUCACCUCGGGGCAGCCGCAGCCGGAGCGCAGGACCGGCACCCAUUCCCAAACAGGAUCCCAUGAACGUCCACACAGCCUUAUAGGAGUCUUCCGAGAAACUGUCCUCUGAGUGACGUCUCAAACAGACUGAAGGUACAGUGAACAUCACGACAUUUCGGAAACAUCUGCUUUUUGUUAGAGAUUAUAGCAAAUAUUAUUCAUUUUUUUAGCUUUUUCAGUUGGAAUUCCAGUUGUUUGGAUUUACUCCUGAUUGUUUUUACUUUUUACACAUUAUGCAUUAUGAUAAAACACUGGAAAAAAAAUAUAUAUAUUUUUUUACCAGAUGUUCCUUAUUUAAGAAUUAUAUUAUUAACACUCACAAAUUGACUAUAUGAAAAAUACAAUAUAAAGAAUCAUUAUAAUGAGAAAAACAUGCAAAUGUAUGGCUUUAUUUAGUUUAUAUGAUGUGGGGAAUUACUCAAUAUUGUGAGGUAGAUGAUACAUUUGUAAUUUUUGUUUGACGAUUCUCAACAAUUUUAUCAUUUCUCUCAAGAUGUCCUUCUGAGAUGUUGUGCUUUAUUUCUGAAUUGGCUCAUAUUCUGCAUUAUAUGGGCGAAACCUAACAUCCAUAUUUCCCCAAGAUUAAAUAUGAUCUUUAAAGCA